GCGGGAAACGCGUCCUGUUUCUGCUUAGAGACCCGUGAGGUUGAGUUACAAUUUUUUAAUACUAAAAAGAGAAAUAAUUUACAAGACAUCGAAUUAAUUUUUUUAGAAGUUUACAUGCAAUACAUACUAAUUCCUAUGGACUCAUAAAAAAUAGGUGUUGUUUCUGUAAGAAAUAAAGUAGCCCUUGAAAAUCGGCCAUCGCAGCUAUUUUCAGCGAUAAUGAAAAUUGUUUUCUAUUCGUGAAUCCUUUAUACACAAGUUCUAAAGUUUAUAUUGUGCUAAUCAGUGAAGAAAUAUAUGAGGUUUCAUAUCAUUAAAUUAUUGUCUUCCUCAAUAGACGAAGAUGCUAAAUUAGUUAGAAAACAAUGAAUACUAUCAACAAAGUAAAUAGCAAGGUGGGCAUAAUUGUUGAAUCAAGAUUUGGCGAAUUCGAUAGAAAUUUGGAAACAACGAGCAACAAUUUUGAGAAUGAUCAAAUGGACAUCAGUGUUAAUUGUAACAAAACUUCACCUGGUAGAAGUCGUUAUGGCAGAAUAAUAAAACCUAAGUCUCCUAAGAAUGAGGUUGCCAGUUCUCCAAAGGCAUGUUAUGCCUCUUAAGAUCAAUUCUUUCUGAUUAAAGAUCAAUAUCAUUUUUAACAAACUAUGAAUUCUAAAAUGCCAAAGAAUCGAAAAUAUCAAAAUUCAUUUGAUAGUAGUAAUGAUAGUACUGAUGAAAAUAAUACAACUAAUGAUAUGGACGAUACAAGUGAUUCUUCUAAUAGUUUAAGUAUCAUGGAAGAAACUACUCCAAAAUUAGUUGGUUCACCUAUACAAUGUAAUUGGAUUUUAGGUCAAUUAGCAUGGGCCAGAGUUGGUAAUUUCCCUUUUUGGCCUUGUGUUAUAACACUUGAUCCAGUUUUAAUGGUAUAUCAUAGGUUAAAAGCUACUGCCAGAUCACAAAUACUAAUGAUACAUGUCCAAUACUUUGGUGAUAAAGGACGUCAUAGUUGGGUUUCGUCAAAUUCUAUGAUACCAUUUACAAAUCUUGCAGACUUUAAAAAAUUAUCAGAAUCAAUCACUGCAGAAGUUAAAAAAAGAGAUGCAAAAUAUGCAGCAGCAUUUAUUGUAAAACCUGGUAUAAAAUCAAAAUGGGAAAGUGCGAUUGAAGAAGCUAUGGAAGUUCAGCCUAUGAGUAAUGAUGAUAGAGCAAAUAUUUUUAAGCCAAAGGAAAAAAAUAUAAAAAAUAAAUCAUCAAAAAUAUCUGAAGAAAAGGAUAAAAUUAAUAAAAGAAAACACUCAAGUGAUUCAAAUGGUCCUGAUCUUAAACGUACUAAACAAGAUAAUGUAUGUGAGUUACAUAAAUCAUUACAAGACAAAACAGAUGGUACAAAAUCAAAUAUACUCAAAUACAUUGAAAAUGGUAAAAAUCAUUCAAAACUCAAUUCAGAUACUCCUCCAUUAUCUCCCUUAAGUCAAAGAGAUUCAAAUGAUGAAGUUUCUCUCAUGCAAAAAGUUGAAUUUCGAACUGAAGAAGAUAUAGAUGGUGUUUUUGAAGUUUAUUAUGAACGAAAUAGAGAUAUGUUAGAAGAUGAAUAUCCGGAUGCAUCAGAACAUGAUAUCAAAAAAUAUUUAAGAAAAACUUGGGAUAAUAUGAAUUCUUCUUUUCGCAAAAAGUAUCGAUCGUAUGUAACUUCAGACACUUCUAAUGUCCAUGCAAAAGAAAAUUCGUUAGAUCAGGAAGAUGAUUUAUUGAUAGAAAUAGAUGGAAAUACUAAAGAUAAUAAAAAAUCUAAAAUCAAAGUUGAAAAAGAAGAGAUAAAUAUUUCAGAAACGAAAAAAAAUAGACCUUAUAAUCUUUUUAAAGGAAUGAAACAAGAGAAAGUUUGUCAAAUAUGUGAAAAAACUGGAAAAUUAACUAGAUGUAAAGGUCCUUGUUAUUCGUAUUUUCAUCUUUCUUGCGUCAAACCAGGAGAAUCUAGUCCAGAACAUUCCAUUGAUGAGAAUAUUAUGGACGAUAAGAUUCUCGAUGAUAUAAAGGAGAUUAAACAAAAUAAUAUUGAUGAUGAUGAGAAUAAUGGCAAAUCAGAAGAACAAGAAGACGAGUUCUUUAAAUGUAUUGAUUGUUUAUCAGGAGUAGCACCUGCCUGUUUUAUAUGUAAUGAAAGAGAAGGAGAUAGAAUAAGAUGUUCUGUAUUAGCUUGUGGAAAACAUUAUCAUUCAUCUUGCUUAAAAUCAUGGCCACAAUCUCAUUGGCAGGGAGGCCGUUUGACUUGUCCGUAUCACAUAUGUCAUACAUGCAGUUCAGACAAUCCUCAAGAUAGUCAUUCAAGAGCUCCAAAUGAGAAAUUGGCACGAUGUGUUCGUUGUCCUUCAUCUUAUCAUACAUCUACAUCUUGUUUACCUGCUGGUUCAGUGAUUUUAACUGGUAGUCAAAUAGUUUGUCCAAAGCAUUAUCAACCACCACAACCUCCAGUAAAUGCAGCAUGGUGUUUUUUAUGUACAAGAGGUGGAAGUCUAAUUUGUUGUGAUACAUGUCCAACAUCAUUUCAUUUAGAAUGUUUAGGUAUCAAUGCUCCUGAUGGUGCAUUUAUUUGUGAAGAUUGUGAAACAGGUAGAUUGCCUUUAUAUGGAGAAGUUGUUUGGGUUAAACUUGGUAAUUAUCGUUGGUGGCCAUCUCGUAUUUGUUAUCCUCAUGAAAUUCCUGAAAAUAUAGAAGCUAUAGCACAUAGUCCUGGUAAAUUUUGCGUAAUGUUCUUAGGAUCGAAUAAUUAUCAUUGGAUUCAUAGAGGACGUGCUUUUUUGUAUCAAGAUGGUGAUGCAAAUAUAAAACCACCAAUUGGUAAAAAAAAUCGAGAUGAUACUUAUCGCAAGGCAUUAGAAGAAGCCAAUGAGAUUCAUCAACGUUUAAAAAUUGAAAGAGCUGCUGCUAAAGACCAUGGACCACGUGGAUUGAAACCUCCACAUUAUGUUAAAUUAAAGGUGAAUAAACCAGUUGGUAAUGUAAAGCCAGUAGAAGUUGAAAGUAUUGUUGCAUGUGAUUGUGAUCCAGAAUGGGAAAACCCAUGUGCACCAGGAACAGAUUGUCUUAACCGAAUAUUAUUAGUUGAAUGUAGCCCUGGCAUUUGUCCAGCUGGUCCCAAAUGUAACAAUCAAGCAUUUGUACGAAGACAAUAUCCAGCUAUGGAACCAUUUCAUACUGUAGGACGUGGUUGGGGUCUUAGAAGUUUAGAACACAUUAAAGCUGGACAGUUUGUUAUAGAAUAUGUAGGUGAAGUUAUAGAUGAGGCUGAAUACAAGCGAAGACUACAUAGAAAAAAGGAAUUAAAAAAUGAGAAUUUUUAUUUUCUAACUAUAGAUAAUAAUAGAACAAUCGAUGCAGAACCGAAAGGCAAUCUUAGUCGAUUUAUGAAUCAUUCGUGUUCACCUAAUUGUGAGACUCAAAAGUGGACAGUAAAUGGAGAUACACGUAUAGGUCUGUUUGCAUUAUGCGAUAUCGAGCCUGGCGAAGAAUUGACUUUUAAUUAUAAUUUAGCUUGUGAUGGAGAAACUCGAAAGCCUUGUUUAUGUGGCGCAUCAAAUUGUAGUGGAUUUAUAGGUCUAAAAGUGCAGAAACCGCAAGUAACAACACCUUCAAUUCAACAAAAAAAAAUUGAAAAAUUUGAUAAAAUAAAACGUCAAAAAAGAUCAAGAAAGCAUGUACUAUGCUGGAGUUGUGGACAAGAAAUUGAGAAAUUAGCAGAAUUUGUCAUUUGUGAUCAAAAGACAUGUAAUAAGAAGUAUCAUAAAGCUUGUGUAAACAUUGAUGAUACAGAUUCAAGAUUUAGUUGUCCUUGGCAUCGCUGUACAGAAUGUCGCCGUAGAACAUCUGCACAUUGUUCCUUCUGUAGUGCUGCUUUUUGUCAAGUGCAUCUGGAUGGAAAUCUAUUUGAGUACAGUGAAAAGGGUGGUUUUGUCUGUAAACUGCAUGAAAAUAUGGAUAUGCAGAGAUCUUCUGUAGAAGAUGAAAAAGAUUAUUCGGAUAAUGAUACUGAAACAGACAAAGAAUACUCGUCUACAGGUUCCAAUAGUCCGUUAUUAACAAUGGAAAAAUCAAUACCAAGAGAACCAUCACCAAGAGUUUCCAUAGUGGAGGUUCAUCCAAGUAGUGAAGAAAGUGAAGAAUCUCAAAAAGAAGACGACGAAGAAGCAAUACAAUUUGCUGAUUUUAUGCCUUGUGAUUCAAAAAAUAUGAAAGGAAAAGAAUUACACCGAUUAUCUCUAAGAUUGAAAGGAGGAAAAGAUCAGGUAGAAAAAUUAAAUAAUCUUACAUCUAGUCAAUUGGAGGCUAUAAUCGGUGGCAGUCUACUUGAGUGAACUAUUUAUCCUUAUUAAUUAGGAUUAAACAAUAAAAUAUAUUUUAAUGUGCAUAGUCUCAAAAUCUCCACAAUUGAUAAAUCACGAAUUAUGUAAUGAUAAAUGCGAACUGUGAACGCUAAUAUAGUAGUAUUUGUAAUUAUAUACAUUGUUUGUAAAACACUCAUUCCAUGUCAAAGGGAUCAGUUGAAUAACAAAUUUUAAUAAAUUCUAAUUCUACUAUCA